AUGAGGGGCUUAAUAAUAGCUCUGACUUUAGGCCUUGUCGGGAGUCAGCCUCUUAAUUAUCAACCUGUUUUCAGUGAAAGCAAAGUUUAUAGAUAUGAUUAUGAAAGUGUACUGCUCAGUGGACUCCAAGAGAAAGGACUUGCAAGAUCUGGAAUAAGAAUAAAAAGUAAAGUGGAAAUUAGUGGCAUUGGGCCAAAACUUUCUCUUAUUAGGAUUCAUUCAUUGGAAGCAGCAGAGUACAAUGGUGUCUGGCCCAGAGCUACAUUCACUCGGUCAUCUAAACUGACCCAGGUUCUUUCUGGACAAGUGAGCUUCCCCAUCAAAUUUGAAUACAGCAAUGGCCAUGUUGGGAAUCUCCUGGCUCCAGAUGCCAUCUCAGAGGAUGGUCUUAAUAUUUACAGAGGUAUUCUCAAUGUGCUGGAACUCACCAUGAAGAAGACACAGAUCACAUAUAACUUACAGGAGGCUGGAAUUUCAGGUGUCUGUAACACUACCUAUGUGAUUCAAGAAAAUAAGCGGGCAAAUCAAGUCUAUGUGACCAAAUCCAAGGACCUAAACAGCUGCAAUGAAAAAGCUCAAAUGACUACUGGUUCUGCAUACACGUAUCCAUGCAAGACCUGCAAAGAAAGUAACAGACAUUCCCGGGCUACUGCUACUUAUAGUUACAAAAUCAAAUCUACCCAAGAUGAAGCUAUAAUUGUAGAAGCGGAUGUUCAGGAACUCCAUCAGUUCACACCAUUCAAUGAGAUAACUGGAGGAGAUGCUGUUGUAGAAGCAAGACAAAAACUCAUUUUGAGUGAUGUGCAAAAACGCUCCUCAGAAAUCCCAUCAAAAGACUUCCGGAAACGAGGCUUACUUCGAUACCACUUUGGCAGUGAAUUGCUCCAACUUCCUGUCCACUUAUUCAAAAUAAAAAAUGUGGAAAGUCAGAUUGUAGAAACCCUGCAGUCUCUGGUAGACCACAUCCAUGAACAGGUUCCCAGUGAUGCACCACUGAUGUUCCUAAAGCUUGUACAACUUUUCCGUGCAGCAAGUUAUGAGAUUUAUGAGUCAGUUUGGAAGCAGUUUUCCAGUUGGCCGGCAUACAGGCGUUGGAUUUUGGACAUAAUUCCUGCAGUUGCUGAUCAUACCGCAAUCAAGUUCUUAAGGUAUAAAAUUGAAAGGCAAGAACUCACCGAGUUGGAAGCAGCUCAGGCAGUGCUUAUGGGCCUGCAUUUAACUACACCAACCCGUGAUGUGGUGGAGGAAGCUGGGCUCAUUCUGAAAAAAGUGCAUCCACGCUCAGGUACUUUACUUCACAAAAUUUCCUAUCUUACCUAUGGAUCAUUGGUUCGCAAGUACUGCAUUGUCUCAGAAUCCUGCUCUGGGCCAGCUCUCCAGCCACUUCAUGACCUUGCAGCAGAAGCAGCCAGCAGGUCCAAUGAAGAAGAAAUUAUUCUGGCUCUGAAGGCCAUUGGGAAUGUGGGACAUCCAGCCAGUUUAAAGCGCAUCAUGAAAUUUAUGCCAGGUUACGCAACUAGUGCCACUGACCUCCCACUUAGGGUCCAAAUGAAUGCUGUGCUGGCCCUAAGAAACUUAGCCAUAAAUGAAACAAGACGGAUCCAAGAAAUUACCCUUGACGUUUUCCUGAAUUGCAAAAUCCAUCCUCAAGUCCGAAUGGUAGCUGCAGUGGUUCUGUUUGAAACCAAACCAAGUCUUCCGGUAUUGACGACUUUAGCCAAUGCAAUGCUAGAGGAACCGAGCAUGCAAGUGGCAAGUUUCAUCUAUUCUUACCUGAGGGUACUGGGUAGAAGCACAGCUCCAGAUCUCCAAGUAAUGGCUUCUGCCUGUAGAAUGGUUAUCAGAAUACUAAGUCCCAAACUUGACAGACCUGGCUAUAGGUUCAGCAGAAUUUUCCACUUCAGUAUGUUCAGAGAAUCUCUUAUGACUGGAUUGGCAGCCAAAUAUUUGGUCAUGAACAAUGCAGGCAGCAUUUUCCCAUCAAUGGCAAUGUCCACAUUUAAGGCACAUUUCCUUGGACACAUUGCUGACCCCUUUGAGGUGGGAAUGAGAGCUGAAAGAGUGCAGGAAAUAUUAGCAAAAAGAAGUUUCCAGGGAGGUUCUGCCAGUCCAUAUGAUUUGAAAGAAAUCCUGAGAGCGCUCUCUGAUUGGAAGGCAUUGCCCAGUGAUAAACCAUUUGCAUCAGGCUACAUAAAAAUGUUUGGACAAGAAUUCCUGUAUGGUGCACUUGAUAAGAACACCAUCAAUAACAUAUUUCAGGCAUGGUAUGGACCAGAAGGAAAAAAUCCCUCUAUAAGGAAACUCAUAAAUAAUCUUCAAAGUGGUGUUGGAAGCCAGUGGUCCAAAGCUUUAUUGUCUGCUGAAGUCCGUCAUAUUGUUCCUACCUGUACUGGAUUCCCAAUGGAGACAAGCUUGUAUCAUGCCUCUGUCACUAAUAUUGCAGGAAAUGUUCAAGCACAGAUUACACCCACCCCAAGGUCAGAUGUUAAAAUAUCAAGCUUAAUGAAUGCCAACAUUAAACUAAGAUCCAAGCUGGCCAUAAGCAUGGCCAAGGACAUGAUCUUCGUAAUGGGGAUUAAUACACGCUCGGUCCAGGCUGGAUUAGAAGCACAUGCCAAAGUGAAUGUAAAUCUCCCUCUGAAUGUUGCUGCUACCAUAAACAUUAAGGAAAAAAGCUUCAAAUUUGAAAUCCCACCUGUCAACCAGGACACUGAUGUAAUUACUCUAAGAUCUAAGACAUAUGCUGUUACAAGAAAUGUUGAAGAUUUAGCUGCCAUUAAAAUGACUCCAGUUCUUCUACCUGAGGCAGUGCCUAACAUAAUGAAGAUGUCCUUCGAUUCAGAUUCAGCAUCAGAGGAGGCUGAUAAAAUAAGGGACAGACCAUCUUCGGAAAUCAUUUCACAAGAGCACCCUUCUACAGUUGAACAAUCACCUCACAAGAAAAACCCAGCUGUUCAUUUAAUGUGUUUCAAUGCAACUACAUUUGGAUUUGGAAUUUGCCUUGAAAGGAAAAGCAUACAUGCUGCAUUUCUCAAAAAUGCCCCUCUCUAUUAUCUGGUUGGGGAGCAUACUGUUAAGCUGACCUUCAUAUCAGUCCCUACAGAUGUGCCAAUUGAGAAAAUACAAAUCACCAUUCAGGCAGGUGAUGAUGCUGCUCGGAAAAUGGUACGUUUAGUGACCUUUGUAGAUGAAGGAAGAGAACUAAGCAGAGAAGCAGCUGAAAAAGUGAAGAAAAUCCUUGAUGAUCCUUCUGAUGAGACUCAGAGAAGACCACAUAGUCUCCAAAAAUCCAGAAGAUCAUCCUCCAGCUCUCGGUGCGGCAGCAGCAGCAGCAGCAGCAGCAGCAGCAGCAGAAGAUCAAAGAGCACAGAGAGCAGUAGCCCAUCCAGCAGCGAUUCUCAGGCACGAAAAACAGGUGACCAGAUAAAUCUGAAGAAGGAAGAAUCUUCAUUUGACUAUUCAUUGGGCCCAUCAAGCAAGAAACAGCAGAAGAAGGUGCCACGUGUCAAACAACGUUCCAAAGGCAAACAAAAGAAAUUUUAUCCAUUUGGGGAAAGCAUCAGCAGCAGCAGCAGUGAAUCUCUGGAUAAAAAGCGCUCAGGUAAGAAACGUUCCACUCCAUCCCCAACUGAACAUGCUACUAGUGAUGAUGUGCACAGACAUGAGAAGAAACAUUCCCAGUCUGCACUCCCAAGCAAGCACCGCAGCAGCAGCAGUAGCGGCAUCAGUAGCAACAGCAGCAGCAGUAGCAGCAGCAAGAGCAGCAGCAGCAGCAGCAGCAGGAGCAGCAGCAGCAGCAGCAGCAGCAGCAGCAGCAGCAAGAGCAGCAGCAGCAGCAGCAAGAGCAGCAGCAGCAGGAGCAGGAGCAGCAGCAGCAGGAGCAGCAGCAGCAGGAGCAGCAAGGACAGUAGCAGCAGCAGCAGCAGCAGUAGUAGCGGCAGCAGCAGCAGUAGCGGCAGCAGCAGUAGCAGCAGCCAUAGGAGCCACCAUAAAGGUAGCAGCAGAGGUAGCAAUAGUAGCAGCAGCAGCAGCAGCAGCAGCGACAGCAGCAGCAGCAGUAGUGGUAGCAGCAGCAACAGCAGCAGCAGCAGCAGCCGCAGAAGCAGCAGUGGAGCAAGCAGCAGCAGCAGCAGCAGCAGCAGCAGCAGCAGCAGCAGCAGCCAGGCUACCGAUACGCCUCGUCGUACAGCCAGGAUCCAUUCCAGGGAGUCGCACCAUUUCAGCAAACAUAGCAAAGAUGACAAGAAACAUGCCAAAUACACACAUUUUGGCAGUUCAGAGUGGUCUGUUGAAUGGGUAAAACAUCUUCCAAAAGUAUACCGGCUGCGCUUCAAGUCUACGCAUGGCCAUUGGGAUCAAAUUAGCAAAGUAGAAGGCCACUUGGCAUCAUCUUCUUCUGAGUCAAGCAGCCGCAGCAGCAACAGCAGCAGUAGUAGCAGAAGCAGUAAAAGGACGGUUUCCAGCUUUCCGCAUGAGCGUACCUUCCUGGGAGAGAGAAUGCCACCAGGCUUCACCAUUGUGGUUCGUGCUGUUAGAAGUGACAACAAAAAUCAAGGUUAUCAAGCCACAGCAUACAUGAAUUCUGGUGCUGACAAAGUUGACCUGCAGAUAGUUGUGGUUCAGCUCGCUGAAUCUAACUGGAAAGCUUGUGCUGAUGCUGUAGUCUUACCUCUGAAAGCACAGGCAAGGUUGAGAUGGGGCAAGCAAUGUCGGGACUAUAAAAUUGAGGCAAGGGCUUCCACAGGCCAGCUGGCAAGGAAUCCAGCAAUACAGUUGAAGAUGGCAUGGACAAAGCUUCCAUCCUGGAUAAGGAGGACAUCCGUAAUGGUUACAGACUAUGUUCCUGGUGUAGCAUUCAUGUUGGGAUUCUCACAAGCAGAUCAGAGAAAUCCAUCACGUGAGCUUGUCCUAAGGGCAGCUGCAACAUCUCUACGAACAAUUGACGCAGUUAUUAAAGCUCCAGGGGCAACCCUUUACUAUCAGGGUUUCCCGAUUCCAUUUGCUUUGCCUGUAGGGCCAUAUCUACCUUAUCAGACUCCAGAAAUUACCUCGUGGAAUGUCCUUCCAGAAAUAGCUUCACGGAUUGCUCAAGAAGAUCAAGCCACAUGUGAACUGCGUGAAGAUGAUUUCAAAACAUUUGACAAAGUGAAGCACAGCUGUUCCUUCAACAAGAGCUGCAACCUCAUUGUGGCUCAGGACUGCACUGCUCAUCCCAAAUUCAUAGUGUUUACAAAGACAGCUGAUCCCAGCUCUUUCUCAAGGGAGGUUUACAUCAAUAUGAGCUCGUCAAACAUCACAAUCUAUCCUUCAGAAUCUUCCUCUCUCCUUGUGUCAUACAACAACGAUCCCAUACUAACAGACAGUGAUGAGUAUGAAAACACAGAAGAAAACAUUAACGUUUAUAGAAAUGACUCACUAAUUAUAGUAGAAGCUCCAAGCCAAGGACUGAAUAAUGUGACUUUUGAUGGUGUGAUACUUAAGGUCACUGUUGCUUCAUGGCUAAAAGGCAAGACCUGUGGUAUCUGUGGAAACAAUGAUGGAGAGAAGCAAAAUGAUCUCCUCUUGCCAAAUCAUAGGCUAGCACACAGCUGUUCUGCUUUUGUCCAUUCCUGGAUACUGGUAGAAGAGGCCUGUUCUGGAGACUGCAACCUGGAACACCAUUAUGUGAACCUGGAGCGAUAUCCUAUUAUUGAUGGAGAGGAAUCUAUAUGCUAUUCUGUUGACCCAGUACUAAAAUGUAGGAAAGACUGUACUCCAACUGAGAAGGAGUCAGUGAAGGUUGGCUUCCACUGUUUUGCAAAAGAUACUGCUCCAAGCCUGUCUGAAUGGGAACGUAAUAGUGACAAGAGCUCUGCAUCUGAGGAAGUUGUGGAGUCAGUGGAUGCCGAUGUUGACUGUUCCUGUCCGAGUGAUUGUAGUUUAACUUAAUGCUUUAGCAUUGUGGUUAUAGAGAUACUACACCCAACUAAUUGAAUAGCUGGACCAAUACAAAGAGAAUGUAAUAGCUGCAGUAAAAUAUUAAGAAAUAUGCUUGGAAAAAAUAGAUAAGCCUAAUGCAUUGCAUGCACAGUAAAAUGCUUUCUGUACAGUAUGCCCUACUUAAUAAAUAUGUUGCUCAUUAAAUAAGUAUUCA